AUUAUUAUUAUUAUCGUUAUUAUAAAUUUAGAAAUGGCUAAAUUCAGCGAUCAUUUUAAAGAUCUUUAAUGGUGUUGGGUGUUGAAACAACCGGAACCAUUGUCAUUGUUCCCGGUCGGACUCUUCAGUAGUACGUACCGCAAGCGUGUUGUGGAUAUGGAGUAAAAGCACGCUGAAUUUGUUAAAGACAGAAACAUCAGAAUCUUUAACGGACGUUUGAAAACGUGACCUGUUUGAAGUGUUUAAGGACCCUGACUUUACUCGCCAACCACCAUGAAGAUCAAGAGACAGAAAAAAGCCAAGAAAACCAUCAACUUCUACAAAUACAACUUCAGCCUCAGAGAACCGUUUCAGAUCCUCAUCGACGGCACGUUCUGUCAGGCGGCGCUGAAGAAUCAGAUCCAGAUUAAAGAGCAGAUGCCAAAGUACCUGAUGGGAGAAGUGCAGCUGUGUACAACACACUGUGCCCUGAAAGAACUAGAGACUCUGGGGAAGGAGCUGUACGGAGCCAAAAUCAUCCUGCAGAAGUUUCAGGUCAGAAACUGUCUACAUUUCAAGAACCCGGUCCCUGCGUCAGAGUGUCUGCUGUCCAUGCUGGAGGAAACAAACCCACACCACUACUUUGUAGCCACACAGGACCACGCGGUGACCAAGGGCCUGAAGAAGAUCCCAGGUUGUCCUCUGCUCUACAUCAUCCUCAACACCAUCGUCCUGGACAAACCCAGCCAGGUGUCUCUGGACCACGUGCAGGCCGUGCAGCUGGGGGAGCUGGUGAGCCCGGCGCAGCAGCAGAGCAUCCGCAGCCUGAAGCAAGAGCAGGGCAUCGCUCAGAGGGAUGGACAGAGACGGAAGAGGAAGAGGAAACAGAGCAACCCCAACCCUCUGAGCUGCCUUAAGAAGAAGAAGAAGAAGGGAGGGCUUCCGACACCACCACAGAAGAAGACAGAGGAGGGGGAGAAGAGGAAAAGAAGUCGACACAAGAAACAAAAGACGGAGGGAGGCGAUAACACGUCUGCUCCUGCAGUUCCAAAUACAUGAUGGCGUCAAGACAAAAGACUUCAGACAUUGAAUUACAUUCACUUCUGUUCUGUCACCCAACCAACAUGAGGUUUACUUCAUAAAGUGCUAUUUAAAAAGUG